GAGUGUUCAUUAAAUAUAAGGGGGGAAAAUCCAAUGAAUUAAAAAUGUGUCCUAGUAUGAAGUACUCCAUUUUUUAUACUGGAUAAGUCAUGUGUUGAGCAAUACACAAACUGGCCUCUAGGUGUCUCUCUUUGUCAAAAUAAUGUCUCAAAGCUCUUUUUUAAACGUACCUAGUCGUUAGUUUUACAAUGUGAAAAUGACGCAAAUACUUCAUAAUGAUAUCAUUAUUACCAUUUAUUAAAAAAAAAAAACAGGAAUGAAAACUUAAACUUUAAUAUCGACGUGGGGCAAGCAGCGGCUGAAAUCCCCUCACAUGUCCCACCUGCAAGCUGCAGCUGUAAUGACUCAAACAGUGGGCGGUGCCCAAACAUAGCCCAGCCAAUCAGAGACCAGCAGGUCAGCGGCGAGCCUUCCUAUUGGCCCGAGCCCCCGUGGAUCAGGCUGGAGUGGCCCAGAGAAUCCGAGGUGAGCAUCGGCUGGCCGCAGUACAGAGAUGAGGAGAAAUUCUUUGCUCGGCCUUAAAAUCGGCUUCAGGCCAGGUGAUGAAUAGCCUGGGCCCACCUCCAGAACUUCUCUCUCUGCUUUCCACCCAUCAUGGAGGGCACAAACACCGUGCUGAUCCUCUACACGCCCAUCCGUGAGCUGAGCAGCGUCAGCCUCUACUUUCCCAAGAGGCGGCCUCCGAGCUUCCAAUACAAGAGCCGCGCGUCUCAUUCAGAAAAUACCAGCAAUGUCCGCGACCGGAGGAAGGAGGAUCUGGCUGCGUCCAGACAAAAGGGCCAGUCUUCUGACUGCUCGGUCAAACUCUAUAACUCCCAGCAGGCGACGAAGGAAGCAGUCGCGGAGCUGCGCUGGCUGGCUGCUGAGCACCACCAGUUGCUGGCGGAUUUGCUAUCGUUGUGUCAGGACUGUGCCUACAAAGUCAGCAUGGGUAACCAGGACGGGAAGCUGGAGGACGACGUGGAGCCUCGAGAAGUUCCUCCCAGCAGCAGCAGCAGCAGGUUUACCGAGCAGAAAAGAGUUGCAUCCAAAACCAAAAAGAUGAAGAACAAAGGUGGCGACAGUAAGGAUUUGUUGCACAGUAAGACGAAAAGGAAGGUCUCCAAAGAUGCAAGUGAGGCGUCUUCAACUGCCAAUAAAGCGUUCAACUCCAAAGCUGCGCAAGCUAGGCUCAUUCCAAAAAAAUCAAGCUCUAGCCAAAACCGGGACAACCCGACGACUAGGUCACAUGUCGGCACUGGCAGUUACCCCAUCCUUCCGAUGGAGGAACCUUUCCAGAUGUCUCGUGACAACUGGGACUUCAUGGAAGACAAUCGCGCUCUGGACCCGGAUUUCUGCACCGACUUCUCUGAGUGUGACGGGGAGCUGGGUUACCAGUCCUCCUCCUGCACUCUGAUGGAGGGGCUGACGAGACGGGAAAGCGGGAGCAAUCUACGGCCGAUGAGAAGGUUUGAUUCUCCAGUUGGGGGAUCAUCGACGGCCAAGUCGGCUCAGCAGCUUUGCAGCGAAGUCAGCCAAAGCGGCGCAGGAGUCCGGGUGGUGGCCAAAGUCCAGGAUGUGGAAGGAAAAGUUCUCCAUGUUGGUCACGUCAGUCCAGAUAGAACGAAACCCCAUCUGGAGAAACGUCAGGAGCCUGGAAGGUGGAGAGGGUCAAAUAAAGCCGAUCAGUUGGAUGUUAGCAAGGAGAAGACAUCAAAUAAACCCAAUGAAAGUCUACGGCUGCCACUGUCCUACACUACUGACCCGUCAGGCCCUGGGACGUCCCACCCCAAGAGCCCUUCGUCUUCUCUUGCUGGAGUCUUCAACACAUCUUUUCCAGCUUCGAAUAGUCUCCAACGCAUGUCCCCGGUGUUGUCCCCUCUGUCGUCCAACCCUCAGCUCAACCACCGCAUCGUGCUGCUUCCAGAUAAGGACGAGGAGGCCGAUGCAGACGGCUCCAGCUGCACGGAGGAAGUCAAGAUCUUCACUGAAGUCACCGACAAGAACGGCAACAAGCAGACUGUGGCUCGCCUGGAUCUGAACCUCAGCAGGCGACCGAGCAACUCCAAGCGGAACUCCUCCAGUAACUCCACCACAACAGAAGAUUCCCUGUUGCGCCAGGAUGAUAUUUGGAUGUUCGACGACCCUCAGGAGCCCCUUUCCCGGGUUCCUCGCCCCGAUCACCUCGACUUCUUACGCAUCACACCACCAGAGGACGACAUCAUUGGAGACACACCCUACUAUCCCAAGCUGGAGUGCACGACAGAGGUCACGUCCCCCGCAGACAGUGAGGAGCGGACCCCGGGACGCCUGCAGGCCGUGUGGCCCCCGCCCAAGCCUAAGGAUGAGGAGGAGAAGGUCGGACUCAAAUACACAGAGGCAGUCGGAAUUUGAGCUCAAACUUUUCCAAGUGCGAGGGGAGCACGCCGUCUCCGUGUCCCAACUGGAGGAAGUCAUCGCUAAGCUGCGGCGGGACAAUUCGUGCAGCACGUGCAGAGAAAAGGGCGACGUCCGUGACGCGGCCGUGUCCACCGCAGAUGACCUGACCCCCAGGACCUACCGCACUGUGGCUGUACAGACGGACAGGGAGACGUUCAUUAGGAGCCCCGAGGGGGAUGGGGGCCGCUCGGCCCAGAGCCCCAACCAGAAUCCGCCUAAGAAGCUCAACUUUGACUCCAUUGGACUAAACCUCAAAGCCGAAACAACCCCUGGAAUGACACCUCAUCUACCCCCACCGGGGUCACUGCCACCUCCCCCUCCUCCCCCCUUGCCAGGCCACACUGUCGCACCACCGCCACCUCCGCCUCCCCCGCCAGGAGGGGGUCCACCUCCUCCUCCACCUCCUCCACCUCCUCCUCCUGGUCUACCUGGCAGUGGACCACCACCACCGCCGCCUCCUCCUCCCCUACCAGGCCUUGGGCCCCCACCUCCUCCCCCACCUCCAGGCGGCGGGCCCCCACCUCCUCCCCCGCCUCCAGGCAUGGGACCCCCACCUCCACCCCCAAUGGGGGGAUUCGGGCAGAAAGUGGACAAGGCCCCGCGCAAACCUGCCAUCGAGCCGGCGUGUCCCAUGAAGCCUCUGUACUGGACCAGGAUCCAAAUACAGGACAAUAACAACAACACACUGUGGGGUUCCCUAAAAGAGCCCGACAUCGUCAACACCAAUGAAUUUGAGGAUCUGUUCUCUAAAGUCACACAGCAGCCCAAGAAGAAACCCCUCUCUGAUACCUUUGAGAAGAAGGCAAAGGCUAAAAAGAUUGUCAAGCUGCUGGAUGGAAAGCGUUCGCAGGCUGUGGGCAUCCUGAUAUCCAGUCUGCACCUGGAGAUGAAGGACAUACAGCAAGCUGUUCUCAAUGUGGACAACUCUGUGGUGGAUUUGGAGACCAUUGAAGCUUUGUAUGAAAAUAGAGCCACCAGUGAGGAGAUGGAAAGGAUUUCGAGCCAUUUUCAGACGUCUAAAGACGAUGAAGCUAAACUGCUGGACAAACCAGAACAGUUUCUCUAUGAGCUCUCCCAGAUUCCUAACUUUGCAAGCCGGGCCCAUUGUAUCAUCUUCCAGUCGGUGUUCCUUGACACCAUCUCCUCUUUACGUCGCAAGGUGGAGAUCAUCUCCAGCGUCUGCAAAGAGCUACUUGAGUGCAACGCCUUACAGGAUGUAAUGGGUUUGGUUCUGGCCUUUGGGAACUACAUGAAUGGAGGUAACCGGACCAGAGGUCAGGCUGACGGCUUUGGACUUGAGAUCCUCCCUAAGCUAAAAGAUGUCAAAAGCAGGGACAAUCGGAUGAAUCUGGUGGACUAUGUGGUUCUAUACUACCUGCGUAAUUUUGACGAGCAUGCUGGUACAGAAAAGAGUAUAUUCCCUCUACCCGAGCCUCAAAACUUCUUUCAAGCUGCUCAGGUCAAGUUCGACGACCUCGCCAAAGACGCCAGAAAACUAAAGAGAGACCUAACCGGUUGCCAGAAGAAUGUUGAGGAGGUGUGCUCCAAGUCACCAGAGGAACACCUGCAGCCCUUCAAGGACAAGAUGGAGGCAUUUGUAUCUGCAGCUCAAAAUGAGCAUUCUGCCGAAGAGGACCGACUCAACGCAGCCGAGAAGAGUUUCCAGAACGUGGUGGACUACUUUGGCGUGAGACCGAAAAGCGGGGAGAAGGAAGUGACUCCGAGCUACGUCUUCAUGCUCUGGUACGAGUUCUGCAACGACUUCAAGAGCGCCUGGGUACGGCAAAGCAAGAACCUCUCCAAGGAGAGGUUGAAGGAAGCUCAAGAAAACAUCAAGAAGAUCACGGCAGAGAAGAAAGUGGAAACCAAAAAGAUCAACGCCAACAGUCUGAAAGACCGGCUGCGGCAAAAGGAAGCCAGCGUGUCCUCCAGCUGAGUGAAAGGAUAAAAAAACUCCUACCGUUCACCACCUGCCACACACUAUAACACAAUAAAAGCUGACUGGACGUCUUGAAGUUCCUCUUUUCCCCGUUCUGAAAAGCAUCAGACACCCCUCCCUCACGCGGCAGCACCUCCAUGUCCAGGGCUUUUCUUUUCAGCCGCGAGGAUGCAUGGCUGACACCGCCGGAGUGAUGGGAGUCCUAAAGGCCAAAGGUUGACCUCAUUCAUCCAGCGUGGCGUGACCCCCAGUGCCCGGCUUGUCAAAGGUCUCUGGGGUUUAGUGGGAUUCUCACCAGCGCCAGCUGACAAGUCAACAAGACUUCGGGAAUCUGCACGGUCAAGAUUUUUAGUUUCACUUUUUCUUAUUCAGAACUUGAUGAGAAAACCCUCCGACGCGUUCCAAGUGUGGAGCGGCCGGUGCUGUUGCAGGAACAGAUGUGGCUUCCUGGCAGAGAGGAAAAUCCCUGUUGACAAAACACAUCCCUCACUCUUGAGCAGGAAGUUAGCACUCUAUCCCAGCAUCCCUUGCUGUAGCAGCAAAUAUCUUUUCGUUUCGCCGCCGCUCAUUAAAAGUCUUGUAAAUGUGUCAUGCUGCAGAAAUCAGCGGAAACUUUGCAGCGAUGUGCUGCGGAUGAAGACGCAUCAGAGCGGGGAUUCUGUUUGUGUAAUCUAGAUCUAAAAACACUAGAUUACAGGUUUGGUCAUAUCUUCACAUGAAAGCUUGCAGAGUUUUGCACUUCCUCUUGCAUAAAUCCCACUCUUAUGUUCCUAUUUUCCUAUGCAAGAAUCAAUCUUUUUCCUGUAUAAUAAUUUUAAAAAGUCAUUCUAUUAGAUUAUUUUAAAAAUCAUGUGAUAAAAUAAUAUUUUAUGUAUGUAUGUAUUAUUUAACAUGUCACUUUAUUUAUGUCAAAAUAAUAAUUUGAAGCCAAAAAGCUGUUCCACUUUGAGUUCUGCUGCUCGCUCGUCUAUUCAGGUGAGACUUUUCACGUGGGAUGUUACUUGAAUGCUGUAAAUAUUUGAAGUGAAAAAAAGUGAUUUAAAGAAAGGAAAGAGUUGCCUUCUCUGCUUCUAGGAGUAACAUGGCUGCUUUCUUUUAGGAUUCAGAUUUCCACCUCAAGCCAUGUUAGUCGUGAUACCUCAGAUUCAUGAUCCAUCUAAACGCAUCUUGAUAGAUAUUUUUAUCCUGCAUUUGAUGUCAUUUGUUUUCUAUGAAAGACUCAACUAAAUGUAUAUUAUCUUUCUUUCAGAAAAAGUCAAAGUUGAGCUUGUACUGGUCAUUGGACGGUAGUCUGUCACUGUGUAUGGAAGCUCUCAAUUAGGUGCUCUGUACAUUUUUUUUAUUGUUUUAAAUUACAAAAAUAAAACACUGGGUACAAGU